AUUAAUAAAUCCAAAAUAUUGAAUUAACUUAAAGAAAAUUGGUGGGUACAACAACUUGUAAGCGAUAAGGAUUUGAAUGUUAGAGAUUUCUGAUAACGCGCACGUUUCAACUUGUGAUUCAAAAUCAAUCUGGAUAUUCAACUAGAAAUUAGAUACUAUUUAUUAAUAGUUAGAAAUAAUUGUACUAAAUUAAAUCAUAGAAUUUACACAGAAACAUAUUCAAUUAUGUUUUCAAAAAUCAUUUAAAAAAUAUUGUUAAUGUUAAAGUUUCGUAUGAUGUGUUGAAUAAUAUUUUAAAUUCGUAAACAGAAGAAAAAUAUUUCGAAAAAAAAAAAAUUGUUAAGUUAUAUAAAUUGAAUUAAUUUUAAUCAUGAGAUACGCUCAAUUAGUUAUGGGACCUGCUGGCAGUGGCAAAUCUACAUAUUGUUCUGCUAUUGCUCAACACUUUGAAAAUGAAAGAAAUCCUGUUACUAUAGUCAAUCUAGACCCAGCUGCUGAACGAUUUGAUUAUAGUCCAACUGUUGAUAUACGUGAGUUAAUACACAUUGAUGAUGCUAUGGAAGAUGAGUUACUACAUUUUGGUCCUAAUGGAGGCUUAGUAUUUUGUAUGGAGUAUCUAAUGGAAAAUCAAGAAUGGUUUAAAGAACAGUUAGGUGAUGAUGAUGAUGAUUAUAUAAUUUUUGAUUUGCCUGGACAAAUAGAAUUAUAUACUCAUAUGAAAACUAUAAAACAACUUGCUGAAUUAUUACAAAAUUGGGGCUUUAAUGUUUGUUCCGUUAUGUUAGUAGAUUCACAAUUUAUGGUUGAUGGACCAAAAUUUAUAUCUGGUACAAUGGCAGCUUUAUCAGUUAUGAUUAAUCUUGAACUACCUCAUAUAAAUGUUCUUUCGAAAAUGGAUUUACUUAGUAAAACAGCAAGAAAACAUUUAGACAAUUUCCUAGAACCUGAUCCACGUGCUUUACUUUCUGAUGUCAAAAGUAAUACUGCUUGGGGUAAAAAAUAUUGUUACUUAUCAAAACGUAUUGGACAAAUGAUAGAAGAUUACAGUCUUGUUCGAUUUGUUCCAUUAAAUAUUAAAGAUGAAAAUAGUAUUGCAGAUUUACAGUUAACUAUAAGUACUAUGAUUCAGUUUGGUGAAGAUCAAGAUGUACGCAUGACUGAUUUUGAUCAACCAGAUCCUGAAGAUAAUGAUGGAACUGAAGCUUUCGAUUAACUUUAUUAGCAGUUUAUUAAUUAUAAAUACAUCAUAAUUUUUAAUACUGUUUACCAAUAAAUUUAAGUUUUUAUUAAACAUUGAUAUCACAAAUA